AUGUAAGAAACUCGUAACAGUCUUCUCCGAUGAAUUUAUAGCAUACCUACAAGAUGACACCUUUCAUCUCUCGAAGUUCACGUUCGAUAAGGUCCUUCUUUCGGCUGCACCUUCCCUCCACAGCACCGCUCUCGGCGGCUGCUGCUGGCCGACUUAGCGCGAAGCUUGCCAUAUGUACCCCUCGGUCACCGAAUUUCUGCCCCACAUCUUACAUUUGCACUCCAAUACAACACCAACGACGCACCUUUACGAACACCUAUACAAUGGCUGGCAAAUACGAACUUCUGUGCUUGGAGAACCCGAUUCUGGAUAUCCAGGGUGUUGGCGACCAGAAGCUGCUCGACAAAUAUGGCUUGAAGCCAAACGAUGCCAUCCUCGCGGACCCUGAGAAGCACUUGGGCAUUUAUGAUGAGCUGAUCAAGGACUACAACGCUGUCCUCAUUGCUGGUGGAGCGGCGCAAAAUACUGCCAGAGGUGCUCAGUACAUCCUUGACCCCAACUCCGUCGUCUACAUCGGCUGCAUUGGCAAGGACCAGUAUGGCGAGACCUUGGAGAAAAUUUCCGGGCAGGCAGGUGUCAAGACCGAAUACCUCUACGACGAAAAGACUCCCACCGGCCGCUGCGGUGUCGUCAUCACUGGCCACAACCGCUCGAUGUGCACCGAUCUUGCCGCUGCGAACAACUACAAGGUAGAGCACUUGAAGCAGGAGCGGAUCUGGAAACAAGUAGAGAACGCGCAAUUCUUCUACGUCGGUGGUUUCCACUUGACAGUCUGUGUGCCUGCGAUCAAGGCGCUGGCUGAGGAGGCCGCUGCUAAGAACAAGACCUUCAUCCUCAAUCUCUCCGCACCCUUUAUUUCACAAUUCUUCAAGGACCCUCUCGACGAGGUCCUCCCUUACGUCGACAUCUUGAUCGGCAACGAGUCCGAGGCCGCCGCUUUCGCAGAAUCGCACAACAUCGAGUCCAAGGACGUCAAGGAGAUCGCAAAGGAGAUCGCUAAGUUGCCCAAGAAGAACUCCAAGAAGUCAAGGACAGUGAUUUUCACCCAGGGAACUGACCCGACCAUCGCUGUGAGCGCGAAGGAAGGUGGUGAUGUCGAUGUUGAGGAGGUACCGGUGCAUGCCAUCGCGGCGGAGAAGAUCAACGACACCAAUGGUGCUGGUGAUGCGUUUGCUGGAGGCUUCGUCGCGGGUAUCGUCCAGGGCAAGUCGCUCAAGAAGUCCAUCGACAUGGGCCAAUGGCUCGCCAAGUUGAGUAUCCAGGAGCUGGGACCUUCAUACCCCCAGCCCAAGCAGACGUACACUUCCAGCUAAGCGUCAUGUAAAUGAGCGCAACAGCUCGUGUAUUUCAACAAUCUACGAGAGCAUGUCUGACGCAAGAGAGUCGAUUUGCGAGUUAGGGCCCAACUAGAUAAAGCUUGGGCGAAACCAAAGCAUUGCCUGGUGUUUUGGAAUAAGCGAAAAGGAUAUCGAACUUUCAACAGCUGUUCAAUAGAUACCCUCAGCUACACGCUAUCAUGAAGCAGCGACAAUGAAUAACGUGAAUAAACAACAAUGCAAGUCCCAGUACUUUGUGCAGAAUUUACAAGACAGCGUUACUAGCAUGUUAAAAAAGAAUACUAAUUACUGAUAAUUGCUGUUGAAGGGUAAGGGGCAAAUGCGUAUGUAAAUCUGAAAUUUACCGCACUU